AUGUCCUCGAUGAUCUUUAGCUUCUUCGUCGUCCUUUUGUCAAUCACCAGCUGUCUUGGAACCCCCCUAUCUACUUGGAAAUCUCAUCUUGAACGCCGUUUCAGCGGUCAUGCUACUUAUUUUGCUCCUGGCACCGGGGCUUGUGGCGACACCAAUUCCCAGAGUGAUUUCAUUGUUGCUAUGAAUCAAGCUCAAUACGAGGGCGGUUCGCCGUGUCAUAAGACCGUUUCGAUCAAGAAUGAGGCGACUGGAAAAACUGUGCAAGCAAAAGUAACAGAUGAAUGUCCUGGUUGUGGCUUCGGCUCUCUGGAUCUUUCACCUUCAGCGUUCCAGGCCAUAGGUAACAUGGAACAGGGUGUCUUGCCGAUUUCGUGGCAGUUUCAAUGA